AUGGACAGCCACGACCGAACAGCCAAGCAUCGACAGGGCAAAAUGUUGACUGGUCCUGGGUCACACUUUACUCAAGCUCGUGCCGGUAGAGCCGCCAUGAAAGAUUUUGAAACGCGAAUCCAUAGUGCUGGCGAACGGAGGCCUUUUGUUGAGCGAGGCUCUGGAGACGCCACCCGUGGCCGUGCUGUCAACCGUGUUUCCCGGGAGACAUAUGACGAUUCAAUGGCUAUAGGGACGACUUCUAUUGAUGGUGAUGCGCCUACUGAGAGUUCUCGACCAACGAGAUACAAAUCAAGCCCACCAGCCGCUCCAAAGCAUCCGAGUACUCGACAGAAGACCGCUCCCCCACCUCUUACCUCAUCCCGGGGCCGAUCGCUUGGAGUUCAAGAUGAGCAGGGGGCGGCUGUAGCGGCUGCAGCAUCCGCCUAUUGUACUGGAGAAAACUUUCCAAAGACACCCGCGAAUCAACAACAGCCUUUUGCAGCCGAGGUUGUCAAAGAGGAAUAUGUAGAAGAUCUAGCGGACAUCGACACGGUUCAUCCUCAAGAUGAGGGGUAUGGGAAAGCAGAAUGGAACGAUGAUGUAAUAAUUGAAGAGGGUGGAUUGACCGCAGCUCUGCCAAUUGACUCCGAAAUUGAUGAACGAGACUCGGGUCACUGGGAGGUUCCGGCUACUUAUAGGCCCUCCUCUAUGGUAAACCGUCCUGUGUCCGGGCGGUUCUCGCCUUUCCGGUAUUCCACUGUUAUUAUUGGUAGUGCAAUGAACAUUCAAUCGCCUCAUGCGCCAGAUCAACAACAUACACCUCCGCAUACACCUCCGCAUUCGAAGGAGGCAGAAGUUCAACGUGCACAGCCACCACCUGUGCCUCCGGCCUAUGUCAUUGCAGUUGAGCAAGCCAAAGCUGAAGAAGCAGAACUAGAGAAGCUAAGGCGAUUAGAUGAAGAGAUUGCUAGGAGAGAACGCCAGAUAGCGGAAAAAAAGCAAGCUUCUAGAUGCGCUCAAGCAUGGGAAUGCGCUGUUUUGCAAGCUCAAGCUGAAACUGAGUAUAUCAAGCGCAGAAGGCAGGGAGCUAUGACCGUGGGCCAAGGGAGAUCCAUUACAGUAGCGAAGAAGAAGAGACCAUUUAGGCGAGGUGUGGAACCCCGGCUGGUGCCCGGGACUAAAGAGCCGGUAGAGGGAGAAUCUGAAGCAGAAAGUGAAGAGAUGAUUCUUGAAGAAGAGGAUGACAACGCGGGUAUGGUGAGUGGAAUGAAGGAGAGCUCUCACUCUUACUGGGCCGACAAUCCCGUGGACGCUUUCUACGGACCUCCAGCAGUUGCUCCUACCGUCAUUCCUGUUGUUGUAGCGCAACCAACGAACCCCGAGCAAGUGCUACAAGAAGGGGCGCCAUCAACAAUGCACCAUGGGUUGCAAGAGGAGGCACAAAUGCAACCUGACCAGGGUGUCAGGAAGACCAAAAUUCCCAUUACAGAGGAGCCCGAAAUGCCGAUUUCAGCACAGCAACCCGAUGUUCAUGCGCCCUCGAAGCCACAAGAAUACCACGAGUCUCCAGCGCUACCGCCCUCUUCAGGGCAGGGCUACUAUAGACAAGAUACUCAGCCGUUCCCAAUGGCGCAGGAAACACCUGAACCUGUCAGCCAGCCAGCCCCGGUUCCUGUUCCCGUUGGCGGUGGGGGCGGUACUGCUGGUGCUGCUGCACCGGUGGCGGCAGCUCCGACCGCGGCAAACCCGAGCCAAGCGACCCAACCCCAGGCAGGAAAGGUUUCCGAGAAGGCCAGCCGUGCAGAGAGACGGAGAGCCGAAAAGGAAGCUAAGCAACGUGAUAAACGGCUUCAAAAAGAAGAAAAGGAUCGUAUUAAGGCGCAAAAGCAGCAGCAGGAUGAUGUUCAACGCCAAUUGCAAAAUGGGAACUCAGCUCCCCACACUGAUGGUCAGCAGCAACAUCAACCGCGCGACAACAGGAGGGGUUCCUUAAUUGAUCGGAUAUUGGGGAGGGGAUCUUCCAAACCGGCGGAAGCUACGAAUGGCUCCAAAGUGGGUGGUGGAGCUGCUAUGAAUGGUGGAACAGCAUCGGGUGGUGGACAACAAGCAAGAGCGGCUACUAAUGCGGGCGCUUCGCCAAAUGAGUUGACGGAUCUGCCCAGCAUGCUUCGCUCGUGA